AGGUCUUUUCCAACAUGGCUGAUUCUGUGAUUCUGUGAUUGCCAUUCCUAUGGCAGCACAUGCUUGAGGCUCUAUCCCCAGGGUGAUAGAGAUGUCUGUCCAUAUCUAUCUCCAAGGUUCCUGUCCUUGAGCCCAGGCCCUGAGGUGAGGCUGAGAAGUGGCGCGGAGGUGAGCCCAGAGCUGUCCCUGAGGUGAGGCUGAGAAUAAGUGCAAGGCAGAGGUGCUGCUGAGGAAGGACAGGCCCAUGGUGGGGAAGACAAGAAGCUGUGAGAGCCCUGAGAAGGUGCUGUGUCCAUCCCCUGUGUGCCAGGAUUUGUCCUUCCCAAAGCUUGGGCGGAUGGAGGAGGAGGCUGCGAGGAAGAGGAAGAUGCCUUGGGCCCCCCAGGCAGGUGAGGAGGAAGUCAGUGUCCCUUUGGGCGGGUGUUGUGCUGGCUCUGUCAGCCGAGCAUGGCCCCGGCUGCAGGACAACCCCGCUGGCGCCGCCGUCCUGCCGGGGCCGGAGUUGGGGGGAUGUCCUUGGCCUUCCCUGUGGGCCGGAGGCAAAUCCCCUGCCUGUCCUUGUUGCUUCCUGCCCCAGGCCCCGAGCUGAGGACGGAGAGCCCGGAGGACAAAUCCCCCCGUGAGACCCUGGUGGGAGAGGCCGUUUUGAAGGGCUCCACGGCGCAGGAAGGCAGCGGGGAGGAAAAGGGCUGGAGAUCCCCCCGCAGGAGGGGCUCCAAAGCCAUCCCAGGGUGCUCUGAGGAGGAAAGAGCCAGCCUGUGCCGGGAAGGCGGCCGGAGCUUGAGGUGGAGCUCUGAGCUGGUGGUCCCUGAGCAGCCUCCCAGCAGGGAGAAGCCCUUCAAAUGCUUGGAAUGUGCAAAGAGCUUCAGGAAGAGCUCCGACCUCCUCAAGCACCAUCACAUCCACACUGGGGAACGGCCCUACCUGUGUGGGGAAUGUGGGAAGAGUUUCAGGAACAGCUCCAACCUCCGCAGACACCAGCGCAUCCACAGUGGGGAACGGCCCUACACGUGUGGGGAAUGUGGGAAGAGCUUCAGCCAGAGCUCCGGCCUGCACGUGCACCGUCGCAUUCACACUGGGGAACAGCCCUACAAGUGUGUGGAGUGUGGGAAAAGUUUCAGGAUCAUCUCCAACCUCCGUACCCACCAGCUCAGCCACACCGGGGAAUGGCCCUACACAUGUGGGGAAUGUGGGAAGGGGUUUCAGACCAGCUACGAUCUCCUGAAGCACAAGCCGACACACACAGGGGAGUGGGCCUUCCACUGCACCUACUGCGGGAAGGGCUUCAACCAGAACUCCACCUUUGUCACCCACCGGCGCAUCCACACUGGAGAGAGGCCCUACAAAUGUGGGGAGUGUGGGAAGAGAUUUACACGCAGUUCACAUCUCGUCCUGCACCAGCGGACGCACACGGAUGAGAGGCCCUUCCGCUGCACUGACUGCGGGAAGGGCUUCAAGCACAACUCCACCCUCAUUACCCACCGGCGCAUCCACACCGGGGAGAGGCUCUACAAGUGUGGGGAGUGUGGGAAGAGCUUCACCGACAGCUCUGGCUUGACCCAACACCAACGGACCCACCGGUAAGGGAAGCCCCGACUGCGGGAAGAACUUCGGUCGCUGCUUCCACCCUGAAUGAAGCCCCUGAUGGUUGAGGCAACCCCUGGAGUCCAGUGACUGUCAGUCCAUCCCUUUUGACCAGAAAGGGCCAGUCCCCUUUCCCAGGGGCAGGUUAUUCCAACAGAACUUUUCUUGGGGGGUAUGUGUGCAGAUUCCUGCCUUGGCUGGGGGCCCCCCAAGGUCACUCCUUGAGACUGGGAGCAGAGAUCUUCCCCCGAGUGUUGGUCUGGGGGAGUUCCAUCCAUCUCUAAUUAAGAAUUAUUGCUUUUGUGCCAGCUUGAGUAGAAUUGCUUCAACAAUUGCUUUAGUGUAGAGCACUGUCCUGUCUUAUCCUGUACUCCUGGUAGUUUUAGUGUUUCUAUUGUGCAGUAAAUAAUUCUGAUGAA